UGGUUACUGUAUUCGCGGUUGCUACGAUCCAAUGGAUAGUACUUCAACGCCCAAGACACAAUCAGUAGAAAUUGGUUGCGGGAUAGUCGUGUCCGAUAUUAACAAUAUGAGGGCCGAAUCAAUGACAAGCUUAACAGAGAAAUUAGACGAGUAUUUUGUCAUUGAAAAUCUUGGCACACAUUGUACACCACGCUGCGGCGGAUGCAAAUGCGGCAAAUGUGCAAUGGGUAGUAGCAGUUACACCUUGCAAGAGGAACGAGAUGUUAAGGCCGCUGAAGCAAAUUUAAGAGCCACUGAAAGAAGGCUGAUCAAGAUUGGCGCUCCACACGCAGAAGCAUACAAUGAUCAAAUGCAAGACAUGCUUAGACGACAGGUAGCCAGAAAAUUGUCGGAGAAGGAAAUAGCAAGUUAUGAAGGACCGGUGCAUUAUUUGCAUCACCACGAAAUACUCGGGCCAGAUUCUGCGUCGACUCCAUUGAGGAUUGUAUUCAAUUCCUCAGCGUCUUUUAUCUCAAUGGUUGCUCUAAAAUCAAUCGCCGAAAUGCACAGAGAUGAAUCAGAAGAAGCUGCUGACGUGAUAAUCAAGAACAGUCACGUUGAUGACUUGAUUCAAUCAGUUCCAAGCGUGGAGAUGGCACUGCACUUAGCUCCAAGCGUGGAGAUGGCACUGCACUUAGCUGAAAACGUGCAAAAUAUCCUACACAAGGGAGGUUUUGAGAUCAAACACUGGAAUUGGAUAAUGUCCGGAGAUGAUACUGGGGGCAUCUGUCCCAGCAUCCAAAUCUUAAGCAUUGACAAAGAGAAAAUACUCGGCAUGUGUUGGGUACCAAAGGGCGAUCACUUUUUGUUCCAAGUCAGAAUAAACGUUUCUGUGUCGAAGUGGAACAAAAUGUCAGCCACUCCCGAAUUAACAGAAUCGAACAUCGAUGCUAUUUUCCCUUUACGGCUUACCCGGCGAAUGGUAUUGACAUUGAGCCAGGCGGCACGCCUAUACGAUCCAUUCGGGUUGAUCAUACCAGUUACGUUGAAAGGAAAAAUUCUCUUGCGAAAUUUGGUCACACGACAGAGAACUGAAAAUCAAGACGGCUCUUCAGCGAUUGGAUGGGAUGAUCCUAUAUCAGAUCAAGACAGGAUGGGUUGGAAGUUCUUUUUUUCUGGAACUACUCAAGUUGCAAGAUGUGACAUUCUCUCGUUGUUUGAAACCAAAGGAAGCGAAAGGAGACCCAAUAGUAAUCAUAUUUUCGGAUGCCAGUAUGCAUGCGUACGGGGCAUGCGCCUACGCCCGAUGGGAGCUCGAAACGGGUCACUUUGAGGCUCGACUCAUCGCAGCAAAAAAUCGGAUAGCUCCAACAAGACAGCUGACUGUUCCUCGAUUGGAGCUUUGUGGGACAGUUCUUGGAUGCCGACUACGAGAAGCCAUUCACUCUGCGAUACAAAAGCGAAGCGCAAGGUGCAAGGGGCAUAAGAUCUGGCAAAUAUACCGGCCAAGCAGACACAACUAUCACAAGAUCGGUGCAUCGGCUAGUUCUCAUACUAGAAGCCGAAAACCGCCACUAUAUGAGCGGCGGGGGGAGUGUAUCGCGAAGUCACGAUCAGCGAUAAAUCUCGACGCGCUGGCCGAAUUUGGAAGUCGAAUAUCUCUGGCCGAAGAUCUCUGAAUAUGUUCCCGCGAGUUUGGUUAAGGUUUAUUUAGUUCACGGUGUUUUCCGUUUCGAUAUCGAUUUGAAUAUUUGAAUUUAGAACCUUGGCUGCAAUGAAGUGAGUAUCAAAUUAGGUGUUUUUUGUUUGUUUAAAUAUUUGUAUAUUUACAGUAUACGUGUUUAUAUCGCCGUUUCCUUACCAUCAACCUCCUGUUUGUUUCAGGAUGAAAUUUUUUUCUACUCUUGAACUUGACGUAUAUGUAGCUUGGUUUGUUUUCUUUUGAAUAAAAU